GAUAAGAGAGGGAGCUUCUAUUCUCUAUUUUUUUUGUUACAAAACACUGUUUUUCUUCAUUUCACGAAAUCUCCUAAUCCCAAGAGAGUCAAAUCAUCUUCUAGUUAAGUAUCUGCCUUAGAUUAAUUGCUAACUCUCAUGCACAUACUUAUCAUACAGAAUAUUAGUAAUUUAUUGUGCUGAAUACUCUAACCCAAGAUUCCCGGACGAUGGUCCGAGAGUAUCAUUGUACAAAAUUAAAUUUAUCUAUUAGAUUAGCCAUUUCAAUCUUUUUUUACCAAUGCUAGAGAUAUUUUUAUAAGGAUAUAUGUAAUGUAUAAUUUGUAUUUUGACAAUGAUAAAGGCAAAUCACUAUGGAUCUCACUUUCCAAUCGGUUGCAGCAAGAACCACAAGUCCUUGAGUUAUAUUUAUAGGUUUGUUGUACUCUCAAAACCCUAAUCCGUUUCAUGAGUUUAAAACUUGCAUCGCCAUUGAUUUUUUUUUAAUAGAGUCCAAGAAAAAGUGGUGUAUUUUUCGGGUUAAAAUUCUAACCAAGAAUUUUUUGCUUAUGAUGUAUUCAAUAACCAAGGUUCAAAAUAUACUUUGAUAAACACUAGCCUGACACAUGAAACUUCGAUGCCGAAAAUAGCUCUAAGAUCAAAGACGAAUCUUUUUUAAGCAUACACGUGAUUUUUGUGUCCCCCUAGACCAUCUUAGGGAGUCCAUGUUUUCAAACUUUCAGUGGAAAAUCUUGAUUAACUCAUUAAACUAAUCCGUAUCAGUAAUCAACAGCUUGCAUCUCAGAAAUAUGUUAGUAUCAUCACAUGCCAGACACAAUCAAUACACUAUUUAAUAAGCCCAUAUACCUGUAUAAUGUGACUAGCUAUUAUUUACACUCUUUACAUAAAUAUUCCACUAGGUCUUGUAGUAGUACUAUUUAAUAACUCCAUCAAAUAACUACUCAUACAAUCUCUUUACUUUUCUCUUUCUAUAUAUGAUCUCUCUCGUCCAUCUUCCAAAGAAACAAAAAUAAUGAGGAAAAAAGUAAGUACUAGUGGUGAAGAAGGAAACAAUGAGUACAAGAAAGGUUUGUGGACUGUAGAAGAAGACAAGAUCCUCAUGGAUUAUGUCAAAGCUCAUGGCAAAGGUCAUUGGAAUCGUAUAGCCAAAAAGACUGGUUUAAAGAGAUGUGGAAAGAGUUGUCGAUUGAGGUGGAUGAAUUAUCUCAGCCCAAAUGUUAAAAGAGGCAAUUUCACCGAGCAAGAAGAAGAUCUUAUCAUUAGGCUCCACAAGUUGCUUGGUAAUAGGUGGUCCUUGAUUGCUAAAAGAGUGCCGGGUCGGACGGAUAACCAAGUGAAGAAUUAUUGGAACACACAUCUGAGUAAGAAACUUGGAAACAAAGAUCCAAAAACCAAGCCGAGUAAUGGUGAUAUUGUCCAUCAGACCAGUCUCACAAAUCCUACUGAAACAUUAGAAGAAACAAAUAUCUCAAAUAUUAAUGAUAACAGUGAGAUUCAAGAAGAUCGUCAAGGAAGUAACUAUUUGAGUUCACAUUGGGUCCAUGAUGAUGAGUUUGAGCUAAGUUCACUCACCAACAUGAUGGAUUUUAUAGACGGACACUGCUUUUGAUGUUUUUUAUUUUAGCUUUGGUUUUCAUUUAGUCUUGUUAAGUUGUUAUCUUCAUAGCUGAUCAAACACUAAUACAUCAACAAUCUUUGAUUAAAAGUUGUCAAUGUGUUAAUGUAUAAUUGGCUAAGUCUUUUAAUUAGGUUAACUUUCUUGGGUUAUAUAUAUGCGUGAAAACUCUAUGCAUCAAUAUAUGUUAUGUUUGUAUCUUCCUAAGCAAUAUUUUUGUAUUUUCUUGUGUCAAAUGUUCAUAUAACUAAACAUGUUAAAUAUAAGUUCAACUUAUAAUCUGAAAUUAAAAAAAUAACUAUAACUAGAUUUUGACCCGCACAUUUUAUAAAUGUUUUAGAUAUAUAAUUUCCAUUUUAGUGUUAUAUAUUGUGUAACUCUAUAACAUUAUUAUUAUUUAUUUAUUAUUCAAUAUUAUAAAUAUAUAGUAAUUUUUUCAUACAUUUUACUUUAUUAUUAAUUUUUAUUACUUACGAAUAUAUUUUCAAAUUAGAUACAACAAAAUAAAAAUCUAAAAUAAUCAAUUAGAGAGCCUCCUUCAAAAUAUUUUUUCUUUAAUUUAUACAUUUGCAUGUAAUACAUUUUUAAAUUUUAUUUAGAGUAUUAAUUAUAGAAAUAUAUAUAUUUAAAAUAAUUUAUAUUUACAUGUUGUGUUUACAAAAUAUACUUUAACAUAUAUCAUUUUAGUAUUUCACGGGAUUUAUAUGUAAGUCACUAUUUUGUUUAAAUAAUAUAAUAUAUUAUUUUAGUAAAUUUAAUUGAUAUAGGAUAUUUUUUUGAUGUUAUGAUAUUAAGCACAGUUUUUUUAUUAAGAUUUCAAAAUAUUAUAUUUCUUUAAUUUUACAACAUAUAUUUUUUUUUUCAUGGUGCAUUUUAAAAAGUUAUUCUU